UUUCCCUGGAGGUCCUCCAGCAUUAUAAAGCCAUUGUCCAGCCGCCUCGCCUCGUCUCUCCUCGUCUCAUCUCUGCUCGUUCAACGAACUCUCCCCUUUUUUUGUCCCCGACUUUUUGGCAGCCACUAUGAGGGAGAUCGUGCACAUCCAGGCCGGCCAGUGCGGCAACCAGAUCGGUGCCAAGUUCUGGGAAGUGAUCAGCGAUGAGCAUGGCAUCGACCCAACGGGGACCUACCACGGAGACAGCGACCUCCAGCUGGACAGGAUCAGCGUCUAUUACAAUGAGGCCACAGGAGGGAAAUAUGUCCCCCGUGCCAUCCUGGUGGACUUGGAACCCGGCACCAUGGACUCCGUAAGGUCCGGACCUUUCGGACAGAUCUUCAGACCUGACAAUUUUGUCUUUGGUCAAAGCGGUGCUGGAAACAACUGGGCCAAGGGUCACUACACGGAGGGCGCCGAGCUGGUGGACUCGGUCCUGGAUGUGGUGCGCAAAGAGUCAGAGAGCUGCGACUGCCUACAGGGCUUCCAGCUCACACACUCCCUGGGCGGAGGAACCGGGUCAGGGAUGGGAACUCUGCUCAUCAGCAAGAUCCGAGAGGAAUACCCUGAUAGGAUCAUGAACACCUUCAGCGUGGUGCCUUCCCCCAAGGUGUCCGACACAGUGGUGGAGCCCUACAACGCCACUCUGUCCGUCCACCAGCUGGUGGAGAACACAGACGAAACCUACUGCAUCGACAACGAGGCGCUGUACGACAUCUGCUUCCGCACACUCAAGCUGACCACGCCCACUUACGGAGACCUCAACCACCUCGUCUCCGCCACCAUGAGCGGUGUCACCACGUGCCUGCGCUUCCCGGGCCAGCUCAACGCCGACCUGCGCAAGCUAGCCGUCAACAUGGUGCCUUUCCCCCGUCUGCACUUCUUCAUGCCCGGCUUCGCCCCCCUCACCAGCCGCGGCAGCCAGCAGUACCGCGCCCUCACUGUCCCCGAGCUCACGCAGCAAGUGUUCGACGCCAAGAACAUGAUGGCGGCAUGCGACCCACGCCACGGCCGCUAUCUGACCGUGGCUGCCGUUUUCCGCGGCCGCAUGUCCAUGAAGGAGGUGGACGAGCAGAUGCUGAGCGUGCAGAACAAGAACAGCAGCUACUUCGUGGAGUGGAUCCCCAACAACGUGAAGACGGCCGUAUGUGACAUUCCACCCCGCGGCCUCAAGAUGGCCGUCACCUUCAUCGGCAACAGCACGGCCAUCCAGGAGCUGUUCAAGCGCAUCUCCGAGCAGUUCACCGCCAUGUUCCGCCGCAAGGCCUUCUUGCAUUGGUACACAGGCGAGGGCAUGGAUGAGAUGGAGUUCACCGAGGCCGAGAGCAACAUGAACGACCUGGUGUCUGAGUACCAGCAGUACCAGGACGCCACGGCCGAGGAAGAGGGCGAGUUCGAGGAGGACGCCGAGGAAGACGCUUAAGAGAAGAGGAUUGACGAGGAAGUCAAAGGGCCCACCGCUUAUGUAACAGGAGACCACAUAGUAUCAAGCUGUGCUAGAAUCCGAUUCUUUUAGACAAUGUUAGUGUCCCCAUGUCAUUCAUCUCCAAUAAAAUCUGUCAAAUGAGAA